GUUUAUAUCUCCUACAAUACUGUGUCUGGAAUAAUUUCUCUGAAGUCCAUGAAUCAGGAAGUACUCCAGUACCUUAAGAAUACAAAUACAUGUUUUAGAAACACCAUCCCAACAACGGAGCUCUAUUUGUUUACCGUACUACAUUAGACAGACUUAUCAUCAUCUUAUAAUUUGGCAAACACUGAUAGGUGUCCUAACAAUGAUGUGCAUUCUAGAACAACUCUGAAUCGUUUCAAUCGUCACCCGGAAAAACCUCUAUACGUGAGCUAACCUGAAUCCCUGAUCUCUAGAGGAACUAUCAUCUGAAUCCAUGGAAAAUACAGGAAGCUGGACCUAUGAACCUACCAAUCUAACCACCUACAUGGUCAACCUAAACAGUUCCAAUUCCAGUUGCCAGUUCACUGGUGUUCAACUCAUCCAGUCUUACAAACUUCUUAUCAUACCGUGCUAUACUCUCGUUGUACUGAUUGGUAUCUUUGGAAACUAUCUGCUUCUAUAUGUCAUCUGUAGGACCAAGAAGAUGCAUAAUGUCACUAACUUCUUUAUUGGAAACCUUGCUUUCUCAGAUAUGCUGAUGUGUGCCACCUGCGUUCCCUUUACACUGGCAUAUGCAUUUAACCCACAGGGAUGGGUCUUUGGAAAAUUUAUGUGCUACUUUGUGUUUCUCAUACAGCCAGUAACUGUCUAUGUUUCGGUGUUCACCUUGACGGCCAUUGCUGUGGACAGGUAA